GUGAGGCUAUCGGCGCCAUUUUUGAAUUUGUCAGAGCGCACACUCCAACACCCGAAAAGAGAAAGCAAACCAGAACUCAAUACAUGAAGUGCCCUUCAAUCAGUUACCUUGUCAGGUUAUCAGAUCUUGACUGUCAUGAAUCUCGCGGCAAUGGACAUUCUUGCGCACAUUUGUCGUGCAUAUUGGUGCACACAGCGAAGAAACUGAAGAAAGCCAGGCCGACGCCUGCCUCCAGGCCAGACGAGGCAUCUGCUUCUUCAAAUUUGCCGAAGGAAGAAAAAGAACAGCAAGAAGCAAUUGAACAUAUUGAUGAAGUACAAAAUGAAAUAGACAGACUUAAUGAACAAGCCAGUGAGGAGAUUUUGAAAGUAGAACAGAAAUAUAACAAACUCCGCCAACCAUUUUUUCAGAAGAGGUCAGAAUUGAUCGCCAAAAUCCCCAAUUUUUGGGUAACAACAUUUGUUAACCAUCCACAAGUGUCUGCACUGCUUGGGGAGGAGGAUGAAGAGGCGCUGCAUUAUUUGACAAGAGUUGAAGUGACAGAAUUUGAAGACAUUAAAUCAGGUUACAGAAUAGAUUUUUAUUUUGAUGAAAACCCUUACUUCGAAAAUAAAAUUCUCUCCAAAGAAUUUCAUCUGAAUGAGAGUGGUGACCCAUCUUCAAAGUCCACUGAAAUCAAAUGGAAAUCUGGAAAGGAUUUGACGAAACGAUCAAGUCAAACACAGAAUAAAGCCAGCAGGAAGAGACAGCAUGAGGAACCAGAAAGCUUCUUCACCUGGUUUACUGAUCAUUCUGAUGCAGGUGCAGAUGAAUUAGGAGAGGUCAUCAAAGAUGAUAUUUGGCCAAAUCCGUUACAGUACUACUUGGUUCCUGACAUGGAUGAUGAGGAAGGGGAAGGAGAAGAGGAUGACGAUGAUGAUGAAGAGGAGGAAGGAUUGGAAGAUAUUGAUGAAGAAGGGGAUGAGGAUGAAGGUGAAGAAGAUGAAGAUGAUGAUGAGGGGGAGGAAGGAGAGGAAGAUGAAGGAGAAGAUGACUAAUGGAACACUGAUGGAUUCCAACCUUUUUUAAUUUUCUCCAGUCCCUGGGAGCAAGUUGCAGUCUUUUUUUUUUUUUUUUUUUUUUUUUUCUU